AUGGUGGGAUCAGAGAGUUUGUGCGAUUCUCCAUUUCGUCAGCAACCGCCGGCGCUGAAGCCAAAGCAAUACGGAGUCACCAAGCCGAUAUCUCUUGCGGGGCCUACGGAGGCUGAUAUUCAAAGAAGCAGGAAGUUGGAGAAGUGUUUGUCAGACGCUGGGCUAUAUGAAAGCCCGGAUGAAGUUUCCAAGAGGGAAGAUGUCUUUGGUCGUAUUAAGCAGAUUGUGAAAGAUUGGGUGAAGGAGCUUACUCGCUUGAGAGGGUACACAGACCAAAUGGUGGAGGAUGCCAAUGCUGUUUUGUUUACUUUUGGUUCUUAUCGACUUGGAGUACAUGGUCCUGGAGCUGACAUAGACACCUUAUGUGUUGGGCCAUCAUAUGUGAAUCGGGAGGAAGACUUUUUCUUCAUACUGCAUGAUAUAUUGGCAAAGAUGGAUGAAAUUACUGAACUUCAACCUGUUCCAGAUGCUCAUGUCCCAGUUAUGAAAUUCAAGUUUGAUGGAAUUUCAAUAGAUCUCCUUUAUGCAAGUAUUUCUCUUUUGGUUGUCCCAGAUGACUUGGAUAUCUCCCAUGUGUCCGUAUUGUAUGAUGUUGAUGAGCCAACUGUUCGGAGUCUUAAUGGAUGCAGGGUGGCAGAUCAAAUUCUUAAGCUUGUUCCAAACUUUGAGGUAACUGGAUUUCUUGGCGGUGUGAACUGGGCUCUCCUUGUAGCUCGCGUGUGUCAGCUUUAUCCCAAUGCAGUUCCCAGUAUGCUGGUUUCUCGAUUUUUUAGGGUUUAUACACAGUGGCGAUGGCCAAAUCCAGUGAUGCUUUGUGCAAUAGACGAGGAUGAACUAGGAUUUUCCGUAUGGGAUCCUCGUAGGAAUCCUCGGGACCGAACUCAUCAUAUGCCAAUUAUAACACCUGCCUAUCCUUGCAUGAAUUCUAGCUACAAUGUGUCAACAAGUACGCUCCGAGUUAUGAUGGAGCAGUUCCAGUUCGGAAACAAGAUCUGUGAGGAGAUUGAACUGAAUAAAGCCCAGUGGAGCGAUUUGUUUGAGCCAUAUAUGUUCUUUGAAAGCUAUAAGAACUAUCUGCAGGUUGACAUAAUUGCAGCUGAUGCUGAUGACUUGCGUGCUUGGAAAGGCUGGGUUGAAUCCCGGCUAAGGCAGCUGACACUGAUGAUAGAGCGGGAUACAUAUGGGAAGUUGCAGUGCCAUCCUUAUCCCCAUGAUUAUGUCGAUAAUUUGAAGCAUUGUUCCCAUUGUGCCUUUUUUAUGGGUUUGCAGAGGAAACAAGGAGAGAUAAUUCAAGAAGGUCAGCAGUUUGACAUACGUGGGACGGUCGAUGAGUUUAGGCAUCAGAUAAAUAUGUAUUUGUUCUGGAAACCUGGGAUGGAAAUAUAUGUUUCUCAUGUUCAUAGGAAGCAUAUCCCUUCUUAUGUGUUCCCAGAGGGUUAUAAACGUAUCCGACCACCGAGGCUCACGAGCCAGCCUCAUGCUGAAAGAGCAUCUCGUGAAGAUGGUGAGCUUUGCAGGUCUGAAUCUGGUGAAAGACGCCUAAAGAGGAAAAUAGAGCUUGAUGGAGCAGAGUUGAAGCAAGAUAGUCCAGAGAAACGGCAAUUAUCUAGCCCUCAGAGGCGGGAUUCAGUCUCCCCAGAAAUUGUUAGUCAUGGGAGUGGUGGCAGUACAUUGAGGCAGUGUUCAGCAUCAGGUUUUGUGAGAACUAACGAGAGUGGGGUAGUGAAUGGAAGAUGCCAGGUUGGUAUAGGCCGAGCCGGGGAUGUGGUUGUGAAUGUCUUGGAGAAUACGAUGACUCAACCUACUAUCAGGAAGGAGGUGCCAAAGGUUGAAUGUGAUGAGGUCAAUGUGGAGUCAGCUAAACCUGUUCAACGGAUGCUAUGCGCGGAAAAUACUGAUACUGGAUGCGUCUCAACUUCCAGUGUUCUCACAAACCUUACAGGUGAAGUCAGUUCCUUCGAGGAUUUUGGACUUGAGUCGCUGACAGGUAACACAGAGGGGAACCCAGGCAGCUCUGUAGGCAGUAACAACCAGGGAUCUUCACAGGGCGAUUCAUGUGAGGCUGAUUCUGAGCUGCUACCAGAUAAUGGACAUGACAAGGACGGCAAAGACUUCAAAGAUGGAUUGCAGGAAGAGUUAGAGGCAAAUGCUGCACUUGGAAUGGCGCUGAAGUCUAGGGUUGGAAUUGACACAGACCCUGUGCAGAAGACAGUGAUAAGGCAGGUUGAGUCUUACAUCGAUGGCGUGAAAGAUCAGAAGUUGAAGCCUUGA